AUGAUCCCCCGGUUCCUCCGGCUCGUCCUCGUCCUACUCUGCUUGGCCACCUCCUCUUUCAGGUUGCUUGCCUCCGGACAAUGCCUCCCCGGCCAGAGCGCCGCGCUUCUCGCUCUGAAGCAGAGAUUCACCCUCUCCGCCCCCCGCAACGGCAUUUCUCCCCCUCUUCAUUCCUGGAAAGAGGGCACGGACUGUUGCCGCGCCUGGGCCGGCGUCACCUGCGAAGGGGAGCCGGGUAAGGUCGUCGCACUGGACCUCAGCGGAUCAUCCAUCUCGGGUGGCGUUCACCCGGCCCUCUUCUCUCUUACCUCCCUCCGCUCUCUCAACCUUUCCUGUAACAGAUUGAAUUUCGAUUCCGUACUUUCCCGCAGCUUCGAGCAGCUGACCAACCUGACCCAUCUCAACCUCUCCGAUUCGGGCUUCUCCGGCCAGAUCCCCGUCGGUAUAUCCCGCCUGAGGACCCUAGUCUCGCUCGAUCUCUCCGCCCCUGGUCUGUGUUCGUCAUCUUCUCUGACGCUCCAGGAUCCCGAUCUCCCCACACUAAUCCGAAACCUCUCCAACCUGCGUCAACUCUACCUCGAUGGAGUCAACAUCUCCGCCGGAGGACGCGAUUGGGGCCGGGCGUUGUCUACCUCCGUGCCCAACCUCCACGAGCUCAGCCUGUCCAGGUGUUCGCUCUCCGGCCCCAUCGACGACUCAUUCUCCCACCUCAAAUCCCUUGCCAUCCUCCGCCUGCAUGAGAACAACUUGAGCACCGAGGUGCCCGAGUUCUUGGGAGAUUUCUCUUCGUUAAGACUUCUCCGUUUAAGCACCUGCGGCCUCCGCGGAUCGCUCCCGAGAAGAAUUUUCCAGCUCCCCCACCUUGAGACGCUCGACCUGUCUAUGAAUCCCACGCUAUCUGGGAGUUUACCCGACUUUCCGCCCGGCAUCGUUCUGGAAGAACUGAAGCUGUCCGCCACAAACUUCUCCGGCACUCUGCCGGAGUCCAUCGGCAACCUCCGGCUUCUCAAGACCUUGCAUCUGACGACUUGUAGGUUCUCCGGGUCACUGCCCGCUUCAUUUCACAAUCUGACGCGGUUGGUCUCCGUCGAUCUCUCAAUCAAUAACUUCCGUGGCCCCGUCCCUUCAUUCGCGUCGUCCCCCAACAUCUCGAAGAUCGAUCUCCAGAACAAUUCUCUCUCCGGACUAUUUCCUGGAUGGAUCUUCAGUCUCCCAUCUCUCCAGUCCCUGCAACUCAACUCGAAUCGACUCUCUGGAACCCUCGGUGAGAUCCUCCCCCCCGCAGACUCUCUGCUGGAGACUGUGGAUCUGACGAGCAACGAGCUUCAGGGGUCCCUUCCGAUGUCCAUCUCGAGGCUGCAGCACCUCAAGAUCCUCAGGCUCGCUUCCAACAACCUGAGCGGAACGGUGGAGCUCAGCCUCUUCGGGAACCUAAGGAAUCUCUCCAUUCUCGAUCUUUCCUACAAUAGCCUGACCCUCCAGAGCAAUCCCGCCGCCACCCUCCCGAGCAUUCGGCGGGCGGUGAGCGAGCUGAAGGCGCACCGUGUCCUCAACAUGUCGCACAACCGAUUGACCGGUCCUAUCCCCCAAAGCAUCUGUGGCUUGAAGAUGCUCGAGUCAUUAGAUCUCUCGAAGAACAAUCUUUCCGGGGAGAUCCCUCCGGGAUUGGUGCGCCUAUCCUUCCUCUCCACCUUAUAUCUCAGUUUCAGCCAGCUCGUCGGACAGAUUCCGCAGGGAGGACAGUUCUCGACGUUUCCACGAGCUUCCUUCGAAGGCAACGAAGGACUGUGCGGGACACCGCUGUUGAGGCCUUGCGCGAACGCCACUGCGUGA